UGAAAGGCAACAAACUCUUAUUUUGACAUGGGUAAUAUAUCAGUGAUUACUAUACUUAUACUCUCUGGGUUCAACGGCACAGCAAACUACAGAAUCACUCUUUUUACUCUGACCUUAUUGUGUUAUUGUAUUAUAUUGUUGGCGAAUCUGACUAUAAUUAUUACAAUAAUUGUGGAUAAAAGCCUCCAUGAGCCCAUGUACAUCUUCCUGUGUAACCUGUGCAUCAAUGGACUUUAUGGAACAGCUGGAUUUUACCCCAAGUUCCUGAAUGAUCUGCUGUUUUCCACUCAGGUCAUCUCUCAGGCUGGAUGCCUUCUGCAGGGUUUUGUCCUACACUCCUCAGUCUGUGCUGAUGUGUCUUUUCUUACUUUAAUGGCCUAUGACAGAUAUGUAGCAAUAUGCCGCCCUCUGGUUUAUCACUCUGUGAUGACUAAACAAAGGAUUAGUGUGUUAGUGUUCUUUGCUUGGCUUCUUCCUUUGUAUUUGUUGUUAAUGAGCACAGUCACAACAAUAUCAACUUUGUGUGGCUCCAUCAUACCAAAGAUCUAUUGUGUUAACUUUUUAGUUUCUAAUCUUGCUUGUUCUCCCUCCAUCGCAAAGGAUAUUAUUCCAGUUAUUAAUUACUCUUUUUAUGUUUGUCAUGCAGGUUUUAUUGUUUGGACUUAUGUGUAUAUGAUCAAGACCUGUUUAAAAUCCACCGAAAACAUGAAUAAGUUUGUGCAAACGUGUGUACCACAUGCCUUUGCUUUAGCAACUUUCAGUGUGUCUUUGCUUUUUGAUUUGUUGUACCUGAGAUUUGGUUCCAAAGAUUUAUCACAACAUGUCCAGAACUUCAUGGCAAUGGAAUUUAUUGUUGUUCCUCCACUUAUUAAUCCAGUGAUAUAUGGUAUAAAAUUACGAAAAAUAAGAAAUCGAAUUUUGAAUUUAGACAAAGUUUUCAGACCAAAGUUACAAAGUUAGAAACAAUCACUGAGACAUUUUUAAAUGACUAGCAUUUAAGAUUGUAUAGUACAAAGUUUCCAGGAUAAAAGCAAAGGAGCUACAGUGAAAGUGGUCUCACUCAACAACCGCAGCAAAGCUCUUUGGUUUCUAAUGUUAUGUAAAUAAUUGAUUUUUGAUGUUUAAUGUUGUUUGCUGUGCAUUAAUUAAGACUUUUAUUGCAGAUUGUUAUUGUCUCCACUGUUUCCUUGACAAAGUGUAAAAUGGAAGGGGAUGCUUUUUGUUGUUACAACUUUAAGCAGCCUUUUUUUCUUGGUGUGAACACUAACAGAUGACCAGCUGUCACACUGUAACAGCAUAUUUUCCUUUUAACUCUUGUAGUGUUGUUAUUUGAACUUUGUUAUCUGACUC